CACCGUCCAGGCCGUGCACACAACCAACAUCACUCAACGCCUCAUCGCUUAUCUUACACCUAGAAACUUCUUACGCUACACUUACUACCUUACGUUGACUCACAACGCAAAGUCUGCCAAUAAUGGACCACCCUCAGACACCACGCGUCCUGCAGCCCCACCUCUCGCAAUUCCAGCACAGAAUCGUCCGCGUCCUAGGCAAAGUCGUGCAGCUGCGCGGCGAGAACGCGAUUAUCGAUGCUGGAGGCCAGAUCGAUGUCAUCCUCAACCGGGACGCACAUCUCGCCGUCGGCCACGCAGUAGAGGUCAUCGGCAAGGUGGAUGGGAACCUCGCAAUCAAAGUGCAGGCAGCGACGGACUUUGGGACCAGCAUCGACUUUAACGCCGCGAAUGCAGUUGUAGAGGCGACACAUCGACACAAGGAAAUCUUUUACGAUGACCAGUAAGAGACUUGGGGUGUGGGGAUAAACGAAGUGUGGUCACGAUUAGCGACACCAUUGGGUCAAGUAUUGGAUGAGGUAGUCACAGACUAUAUGAAGCGUAAUACGCAUCUAAGUGUAUUGUACAUCUACGUAUCUACGAACAAAUG